AAUGCUUGUUAUUGCAAGAAGCGGUCAGUAUGCAUUCAAGGGAACUGAUCAAGCUUGUUGCAUGUUGAUUUAUGUACGAUAGUUGUGUUGUGACUAACUGCACUACUGCAAGUGGUGAAAUAAACAAAUGAAUGAAUCAGCGAACGGUCAGCGUACCGAGGGUGUCGUUUCGUAAUGAGAUUACACUGUUCGUACUUAAUAGGAAGCACGGUUUCGUUGAAAUUGCAAGAGGUGUUCCCCGUGCAAAUGUUCGCCGAAUGGAUCGACCUUCCAUCGAGCUUACGCCGAUGAAUAAUCUGAACAACUGAUUAUGGCAUUUAUUUAUUUUUUAAACCAUGAAUUGAGCUUAGCAUUGUUUACAAAAAUCAAAACAUUUAGAAAACGUAUCACUUUCCAUUUGAAAUAUUUAUGCGAUAACCUUCUUCAAUCGGAAUUGAACCAGAAAGACGAUUAAAAACUAUUAGUAGCGCUCUGUGUAUUGAUAUCAGUAGUAAGAAUUCGCAUUUAGUGCGAUGAAUAUGUGGUUUGACGCAAAUCGUACACAGUUAAAUUGGUGUGUAAUGAAACACUUGGGUAGGAUGAAUCAUCCCCUUGCACAGUGAUGAUACCGAUUGUCCAAACGCUAUUAGAUGCUUUGCCCGACGUGCUUCGCUGCUCGUCACACGUAUUAGUAAUUAUUUGGCAGACCAGUAGUAGCAUUUGUGUAGCAUGUGUUUGGGACCCUACUAUUAGAAGUACCCGUCACGAUCCGUAAACAUUGCUUGCAUGUAUGCUUGGUUCGCGCCCACGAAUAGAGUGGCUAAUUCACGAUAAGAACAUUUCCGCUGCCGGCCAUGUGGCAAAUGAAAGCGGCAAAGUGACAGCACCCAUUCGGAGUGGGUUUUCUUUUUGUGUCGAUAUGUUUAUCGGCUAUCGCGCUUAGUUACAUUUGUCACCUCACAUUGAACGGUUCGGCAUACUGUCGAUUCUGUUGCAUUUGGUUCCCAUCUUUGUGAGAAACGUACGAACCGCGAAACGUGUGUGAAUUUAACGUCAGUGAUCGUGUGUUAAUAUUAUGGAAUAUAAUAAUAAAAAUGAGCAAAGUCCUCAGCCGGGCUAUUGGGGCUCUCCAUACCCUCCGGCCGGCCAGGGAUUCGCACAACCGCAACAAAUGUACGCACCGAAUCAACCGUACGGGGGCGGUUACCAGCCGGUCAUGGUUCAGCCAGGCAUGCCCGGACAUCCACCGCCGGUAAUGGGACAACCGAUUCCAGGUGGUUGGAUGCCUAUUCCGCAAGGGAUACCGAACUGUCCACCCGGCUUGGAAUACCUUACUGCCAUUGAUCAGCUGCUCGUGCACCAGAAGGUGGAGUUGCUGGAAGCCUUCACCGGCUUCGAGACGGCCAACAAGUACACGGUCAAGAAUACGCUCGGUCAGAAAGUGUACUGGGCGAUGGAGGAUACCGGCUGCUGCAACCGGAUGUGCUGCGGUGCUGCACGUGCCUUCGACAUGAAGGUGCUCGACACGUUCCAGAACGAGGUGCUGCACUUUAAUCGUCCGCUGCGUUGCAGCUCCUGUUGGUUCCCGUGCUGUUUGCAGACGAUGGAGGUAACCGCACCGCCCGGUAAUGUGAUCGGGUACGUCGAGCAGGACUGGUCCAUCCUAACGCCCCAGUUCAGCAUUAAGGAUCAGAAUGGUGAUACGGUACUGAAGAUUUCCGGUCCAUUCUGCACAUUCAGCAUCUGUGGUGAUGUUGAGUUUGAGGUACUUUCCACCAACGGGACGCAGGUGGGCAAGAUCAGCAAACAGUGGUCCGGACUGGGCCGGGAAAUGUUUACCGAUGCAGAUCAUUUCGGUAUUAACUUCCCGAUGGAUCUGGACGUGAGGGUGAAGGCAACCCUGCUAGGGGCACUGUUUUUGAUUGACUACAUGUUCUUCGAAAAAUCUGGCAACAAGGAACAGGAUCGACCGGGAAUGUUUUAAAUACGAUGGCAUUUCCCUGCCAUUUGGUGGCGACGACGGACGUGGUAGUGUUCAUGUACUUUUGUUACUAUACUUUAAGAAGUUCGAUUGCUCGGCGUAUAUGUCCGUUCUUCGUUUAUCGUUUUUUUUUGUUCGUAUUUUGUUCAUCAAUCAACACCAUUGAUACCUUCCAAAGCUGUUGACGAUUGUUACCGUGGUAAUACCAAAAUUCAUCCAAACCAUUUUUAGAGACCGUCCCCGCUAGAGUUUGUUGUUACGCAUUGUGAAAUGCAAGCCUCAAGAAAGAGCCGAGAUCGGUACGGUUUCAUCCAGAACAAAGCACAAAUAAUUGCGUCGGCUUCAUGAGAAACCAUAAGAAAAGGGCCUUUACCAGUGUUUGCGUUUAGAAUGGGAGAAGCAUCAGUGCAGAAAACGGUGUAAAACCAUGCAUGAGUAUAUCUACUUACUAAGUAGCUUAUAAAAUUAAAUGUAAUGAAGAAAACUCUGUGAAGCAAACGUAUGAUUACAACGCACAUAAUCGAAUUGAUGUGAUGUAUGAAAAUGAACACAUUUUUUUCGUUUUUUUUUCUCACCAACUGUACCCAAACAAACAAACAAACAACGACGCAAGAUGUGUGUGCCGAAAGUAUACAAAAGUGCACUGCUGAAACGUACCAUAAACGACUGCUAGAAGUGCUAGCAGGUACAAUCUGAAACGAAGUUUUAAAGUUUAAGAAGAGGGAAGAAAGUUUUUGUGUUUCCGACGAUAUACAUUUGAACUAAAGGGAACUAAAUUUCCUUAACUACUGGAGUAUGGAUGCGCAACACACAAUGAACGUUAAGCAUAAAAUAUACAUCUCUAUACAAAACUUGCUGCCUCACACGUUUUUGUUACUAGUUUACUCUUUAUAUAUACAACUACGGUUAAGACUUUUGCAUAAUGAUUGGUACUGCUGUUACAAUCAAUAUUAACGUGAAACCAAUAGUACCGCCAUGGAUGUUAGAUUAACCAUUUCUUCCUUCAAAAUCGCUCCCAUUUAUUAUCUAUCUACUCAAAUCAAUCGUUGUGGAUUGUUCAACACAGAAGAAAUAAAGGCUUUGUGGCUUGUAUCGUAUAUUUGUAUAAAUGAAGAACUUCUUCAUGCUGGGUGAAGCAGAAGUUUAACGCUUGCAAGAGGGACUAAAGAAUUUCAACUACACGAAAGUUAACGCUACAUGUACCGUAAGCUGUAAUAUGAAUGUUAUAUGAAAAUAUAAGAAACACUCUCAACUA